GUACAGUAUUUAUCUUCUCGCCGGUUCCAGCUGCUGCUAUUUUUUUCCCUCCCUAUAAACGUACUUACAAUUUAUACUUAUCCACCAUAAUACAAGUAAUCCCCUUGUUGAAUCCACGUUCGAAACAAUGCUUCGAAUUGCCGUGCUCGUUCUUAUUUGUUGCUUACUCUCGGAUAGUGUUGGUUCAACAACGCAAAGUCUCGAAACUGUCAGCGAUGACGAACUUAUAAAACGCAUCAAGAAUGAAAACGUGGUCGUUUUGUUCACAAAAAAACAUUGCAAAACCUGCGAUGAUGCAGAAAACGAACUGCUGCACGUCAGGGAGGAUUUGGUUGACUCGCUGUCAGCAUGGGUCGUGCGAGCAGUAAGCAGCCAGAUGCUGAGGUUAUACAGCAACCACGAAGAACCUGCCAUUGUGUUCUUUAGAAAAGGAAUACCCAUGCUGUACAAUGGAACACUGGAAGAUGAAGAAAUUUUAAGAACGUUCAUAGAGAAUAAAGAACCCAUUGUGAAAGAGUUAACAGAUGAAACCUUUGAGCACUUAACUCAAGCAAGUAGUGGGGCCACAACAGGGGAUUGGUUUGUUAUGUUUUACAGUACAGAUUGUGUUGAUUGCCAAAGAUUGGGAGCUCGUUGGGAAGCCGUGGGUGCCAAGUUGAGGCAAAAAAUGAAUGUUGCACGUGUCAACAAAUAUUCAACUGGAGCUUCUACAGCUCGAAGAUUUGGCAUAUUCGAAGUUCCUCAAUUUAUUCUAUUUAGGCAUGGCAAAAUGUACAGCUAUGUCAUUCCAAAACAUGAUAUAAAUUCAUUUGUCUCGUUUGCGGAGGAAUGGUACAGAAAUGUUCGCGGAGAAAAAGUUCCUACCCCUCAGAGCCCCUUCGACGACUUGAUACAAAGAAUAGUGAAUUUCUUGAAAGAAAAUCCAUGGGUGAUGAAACUCACCAGUAUUUCAAUUGGUGUACUGGUAAUUGUGUCAGUGGUCAGUAAACUGAGAAAAAAGACUGAAGUACCACAGAAAAAGAGUAAAUAAGAUGACUACGAUUCUGAAUUCUGAAUCAUCAGAAUGUACAUAUGUGUAAACAAUUAUGAAAUAAAAUUAAAAGACUUUUUUUCAAACAGCGACAGUUUACAUUAUGAUACAAAUCAAAUAAAGAUUCAUCAAUUUAUAAUUUUAAACCAGCAACAAACACUAUUUUUUUAUGUCUUUGCAACAAAUUCAGUACAAUAAAUUUUUCUUAAUUAUAUCCAUAAAUAAUUACACAUAUUCCUAUUACAUAGAAUUAUUAUUUAUAGAUACGGCAUUUCCAAAUUUUCAAAACACAGGAAUGUCAUCAGAGUGCAAUUUUAGUUAGUAAACUUGGAAUGGAUUUUAGUGGCUUAGAAAAGUAAAAAAACAAACAUGUCAUGUAUAUACUUAUCACAAUACAAGAUACACAGUGAGAUGUGUAUUAUAAGUUGAGCACUGGGUAGAACAAACUUCUUAGUACAUUUUUCGGUUUUAUAAAACUUAUUUGUUUCUUUGUUUAAAUUCAAAGAUAUUUUACUAUAGACGAUUCGUUUAACUCUCAUGUAGUUAAAAAACUACUAUAUGCUAAUUCUUAUUUUUAUUUGUAGAAAUAAUACUUAUAAAAUCCUUAGUAUA